CAAGCGAAUGUGAGCCAACUUCAUGCCAGUCUCACAGUUCGUCAACACAAACAUCGUCAUUAUCGUAUUACGCUUAUGUUUUCUGAUUUGGUUUUUUUCUUCACCUUUUUUUGUGUGGACUACGAAUUGAAAAAUCCUUAUUAUUAGAUCUGAGUUUCUUUUCAAUAAAUAUACUAUUUAUAUUGCCAAUCUCAUCAGUAGAACGUUGACAUUUAUUUGGAGUUGAAAAUGAUUAGUGACGACGAACGCGAUAUAGAUAUUGAGAGUGAUGAUGACGUAGAUUCCGAUGGACGGACGCAAUCACGGUCCGCUGUCUCCCAAUAUUCAAGUCAGGCGGAAAAGCGAGCCCAUCACAAUGCCUUAGAAAGGAAGCGACGUGACCAUAUAAAAGACAGUUUUACAGCGCUCAGAGAUGCGGUGCCGUCAUUGCAAGGCGAAAAAGUGAUUGUUUUGAAACAGGCGAGUCGAGCGCAAAUUCUUAAAAAAGCUGCCGAAUACAUAACAUUCAUGAAGCGAAAAAACCAAAACCAUCAAUCCGGUAAUGACGAUUUGAAGCGCCAGAACAACCACUUGGAUCAACAGAUACGACAGUUGGAACGGCAGUUGAAUGCAGCCGGUGAAAGUGAGUUGGCGGGUAUGCGAAAUGAUCAACCUAGUUCCGAAUCAGAAAUGUCCGAUAUUUAAUGCGAUAUCCGUUGUGCUUAAAUUAAACACACGCACACGGACGAAAUGCAGUUCAAUCAGUGUAUCGAAUGACAUUUUUUUUGUAUUGAUUUUUCUAAUACAAUGACGCUAAUGUUAGGAACUAUUACAAAUUAUUCUAUUUUUUUCCUUUCGUUUCUCACAUUUUGUGCGAAAGUAUUAUUCUAUACACUUUUUACAACAACAAAAACCAAUACCAACACAAAAAAAAGAAACAAAACUUUAAAUUUUUUAUAUAUACAAUUAUGAAACCGAUUUUUUGCGGUACGAAAAAAGAAUUAGUUUGAUAUUUUACAAAUUACAACAAGAAAUAAAUAAUUUUUUUUUAGAAAUAAGUUUUUGUUCUAUCGAUAUUAAUCACAGCAAAAAAAGUAGAACCACCAAAAAUUUAAAUGAAUAUGUAUCAAAAUUAAGUUUUCAAACAAUAAACAUUUUGAUUUUUCAACAAACACAA